UUAUUUUCCUUCUCUGAAACCAAGUGUGAGUUUCUUUGGUUGUGUGUUUGUGGUUACUGUCUUGCUGAAACGUCCGCCCUCAUUUCAUCUUUAUCAUCCUUGUAGAUGGCAGCAGAUUUUUAUCAAGAAUGUCUCGGUGCAUUUUUCCAUUCAUUCUUCCUUCAAUAAUAUGAAGCGUGCCAGUAACGUAUGCUGGAAAAAGCCACACACCAUGAUGUGAACUGUUGUUAAGGUGUUUUUGGAGACAUAUGCAGCGCCUUUUGACCUCCAAACAUGGUGUGUAUUACAGCAUCCAAAGAGUUCAGUUUUAGUCUCAUCUGACCAGACUAUAUCCUUCCAGUAUUUCACAGGGUUGUCUAAAUGUUUUUCAGCAAACCUUACACAUGCUUAAGCAAUGGAGUCGUAUGUGUCUGCUCAUUUUAGCUUUAAUUGUCCUGUACCAUCUACCUGAGGGUAACGGCUCAACCAGGUGAUGAUCUUCUGUGUCGUGUUGAUGACCUUCUGGAGUGCUGGACAGCUGGCAGCCCACACUGGUUACGUUCAGCGAUGCAGAAAGGCAAGCGAGCCGCAGUGGAGGUGGUAGAAAGCGCAUUACCGAAGCGGAAGAAGUCAAAGACAGCAGUGAAACAAGAGGAAACCACAGAUGCUUCCUCACCAUCUCCGCACCACACUUUCCCUGAUCCUGCUGAUGUCGUCCGCUUUCGCUCUCAACUCCUUAACUGGUACAACAAGGAGAAGAGAGAGCUGCCAUGGAGGACUCUGGCUAUAACAGAGUCAGACAUCAACAUCAGGACAUAUGGAGUAUGGGUUUCAGAAAUAAUGCUGCAGCAGACUCAGGUUGCCACAGUAAAAGACUAUUACAACAAGUGGAUGAAGAGGUGGCCCACAGUCCAGGAGCUUGCAGCUGCCACUCUAGAGGAGGUGAAUCAGAUGUGGGCAGGGCUGGGCUACUACUCCCGUGGAAGAAGGCUGCAUGAAGGAGCGCAGAAGGUGGUGUCAGAGCUAAAGGGACAGAUGCCUCAGACGGUUGAGAGCCUGCUCAAACAGCUGCCUGGAGUGGGACGCUACACUGCUGCAGCUAUAGGCUCUAUUGCACAGGGGCUGGUUACCGGAGCUGUGGACGGUAAUGUCAUUCGGGUGCUGUGUCGCCUGAGGGCGAUUGGAGCUGACAGCACAAGUCCAGCAGUGACAGAGGCACUUUGGGAUCUGGUCAAUUUGCUGGUGGAUCCUGAGAGACCUGGAGACUUUAACCAGGCCAUGAUGGAGCUGGGAGCACGAGUCUGCACCCCUAAAGGGCCCCUGUGCAGUCAGUGCCCCGUGCAGUCUCACUGCCACUCUUAUCACAAGGUUCUUGUCAGACAAGAGCAAAACUCUAAGAAGCUUUUGGGGAAGCUGGGUACAAAGACUUCAGAGCUGCCUGACAUAGAAGACUGCACGAACAGUGUAACAUGUCCCCUGUGUCCCUCGGAGCCCUGGGAUGAUGAGCUGGGUGUUCAGAACUUCCCCAGAAAGCCGUCGAAGAAGCCCCCCCGGGUGGAGCGAACUCUUACCUGUGUGGUGAAGAGGCCUGGAGAUGACGGGGAAGAAAGGUUCCUGCUCAUACAGAGGCCAAGCAAAGGUUUGUUGGCAGGCUUGUGGGAGUUUCCAAGUCUUCUGCUUGAGGUUGAAAACUCUGAGAAGAAACAGAAGGGGGCGCUCUGUGAGGAAAUCAGCAGAAUACUGGGAACGCAUUUAACUGAAAACCUGUUCCAGUAUGUGGGAGAGGUGGUCCACAUCUUCUCCCACAUCCACCAGACUUAUGUGGUUUACAGUGUGUGUUUAAAGGAGAGGGACACACACACAGAGACUGAAAACACACAGUGGCUCACUAGAUCUACUCUACAGGGAGCUGCUGUGUCCACAGGACUGAAAAAGAUUGUGAAGCUUUAUGAUUCUGUGGACAGUCUGAAGGAAAAAAACACAAAGGAUGGAAAAAGGCAAAAGGACUCGGGAAUAAUGGAUAACAAGAAGCCGCAGAGCUCUAAAAAGAACAAACUCAGUGCAGCGAGCAGCGGCAGACAGCUCUCCCUCAGUUCCUUCUUCAAGACUGUGAAAGAGGAAUGUUGUUAGUGUCCCUGAAAAGUGCCUUUCCGCAUGCAUGUACCUAAAUAUCGCCAUCACUGCGGUUUCCACUUUAAGCUAUUAAUAUAGCAAUCCAUUUUUGAUUAAAAUUGUAUUGUGUGAUUUUUUUAUAUUUUUUUAUUAUUUUUUAACGACUGAUUUCUGUCUCAUUGUAAACCAACUGCAGGAUUUUAAGUAAUUUCAUGUGAGCCGACGACGUGUUUUACACUUAGUAUGUUUCAUAAUUGUCAUGUUUGUUGCCACAAUAAAGUUGUAACAUGGGAAAGAAGUGUAAAUAAAAGAUAAGCUCUAGUCUUCA